AUGGAGCACCUCACCUUUGAGGUGGCCAAUUUCAAGACUUCUUACCAUGCUAUCUUUGGUAGGCCCAUGCUGGCGAGGUUUAUGGCGAUCUCACACCACACCUAUCUCAUCCUCAAGAUGCCAGAUCCAAAUGGUGUCCUCUCCAUCUACAGCGCCGUCGAGACGUCCUAUAAGUGCGACACGAAGGCAGUACAGCUCGCUGGAGCCUUGGACUACUCAUCCAAGGCCACCGCCAUGCUCGCCGAGGCCCAGAAGGUGGAGAAGGACCAGCUCACGAUCUCAGAGAUGGAGCCAAUGCCCACAGCGCUGCAGCCCGACUCCAAGAUCAAGAAGAUCUACCUUGACCUGGAAGACCCGACCAAGACGAUCCUCAUAGGGUCCGACCUCUCCGUCAAAUAG